UACUACAGGAGAGGGGGAAGGAGGAGGGGAUAGGCAGAUGAGGAGAGGUAAAAGGCCAGAGUGGGGGGUAGAAAAAUAAGGAAUGGGGAGGGUAAAAAAAAAUACCAGAAGGAGAAAUUGAUGUUCCUACCAUCAGGCUUGAGUUUAGCUAGGUGGAGUAUGAGGUGUUGCUCCCCCACCCUGAGUGUUGCCUUAUCCUGGCAAAAGUGGAAGCCUACCUGUCGAUUGGGAAUGAGGAUAGGAAUUACAAUUAAUGCUUGACAAAACAGUUCCCCAAUUUCUGUCGGGUCUCGCCAAUGUAGAGGAGGCCGCAUCGGGACCACUGGAUACAACAAGCAACCCAACAGAUUUGCAGGUAACAACCACAUCAGGUCGACAUCUGAAUGUACUAGGGCCCGAGCAGUUGUACUGAAUCCAUACGUGUCAGAGAAUGGAGUUUCCAGAUCUGGGCAAACACUGCUCUGAAAAUUCCUGCAAACGGCUGGAUUUUCUUCCUAUGAAGUGCGAUGCAUGUGCACAGAUCUUCUGCAAGGACCAUAUCAGCUAUGCACAGCAUAAAUGCACUUCCUCUUACAAAAAGGACAUUCAGGUACCUGUGUGUCCUCUGUGUAACACUCCAGUUCCCAUAAGAAGGGGAGAAAUGCCAGAUAUCCGUGUUGGUGAACACAUUGACAGAGAGUGCAGAUCUGAUCCUGCCCAGAAAAAACGUAAGAUCUUCACGAACAAGUGCUCGAAGCUGGGGUGCAAACAGAAAGAGAUGAUCAAAGUGACAUGUGACCAGUGUCACUUAAACUUCUGCUUAAAGCACAGGCACCCCUUGGAUCAUGCAUGUGAGGCUGAUGGAAAACCUCUCUCCAAAGCAGGUAAUGCUGCCAUGAAGAGAGUUCAGGGAGCACUGAAACCCGGUGCGGUGCCAUCUACAAGCAAAGGCACAUCCAGCAGUCGACCAAACGGACUGAAUACAUCAGCACCCCUACCUCAUAACAGUGACCCACCAAGAAAUGCCCUUAUGUCAGCAUCUCUGCAAGCAGGAUUGACUGAAGAACAAGCACUGCAGAGAGCUUUGGAGAGGUCACUGGCUGAAUCUUCCCGAAAUACAGCUCCCAGCCAUCAAGAGCAGGAAGAUUUGGCCUUGGCUCAGGCUAUUGCUGCCAGUGAGGAAGAAUUUCGUCGACAACAACAGCAGACUCAGCAACGAGGUUCCAAGACCUUGUCCUGUAAACUUUCGUGACCUUGACAUUCUGACUGUGCAGCCUUAACUUACUGUCAAUGUUUUAAUCUGUCAUUGGUGCCUGGGGCCCUUAAACAAAAUGGGGCUUUUGGCUUAGUGAAAUAAAUGCCCUCAGCUCAGUGAAUGCUCUAAUAAUCAUGAUUGUUUGAUUCUAUUGGUAAAUCUAUUUCCUAUGAGUUUUUCCAUUGAAUUGCUAUAUAAAAUUUAUAUGUAACUAAAUAAUGAGAACAUUAUGUAUAACAAGAGCGCAAAAGUAACAACUAUAAUAUUUAAUCAUAUAUGUAUUGAUAAUUUCUA